UUAACGAUCCAGUGGAUGAAGGAGCAGCAUUACUGCACAGAGAAUUAAAUAUUCAUAGAUGUUCUCGCAUUUCCUGACAAUUAUCUUUUUGAACGGUACCGUUUCACGUCACAGUCCAUAAUCUACAUACAACCUAAUCCAUCCUUACAUUUACAGAAUCACCAACCUCAGUCAUUCUCUCACAUCCCAGCAGAUGUUGUGUGUUGCACUGCGGUUCUUUGCAAAUGGAAGUUUUUUAUAUAAUCUGGGAGAUGCAGAACACUUCAGUAAGACAACUGUAUGCAGGACGGUCAGAAAAGUGAGUCUGGCCCUGAAAUGACUUUUACCAUCUUUGUGGUUUUCCCUGGAAAUAAACCUGUCAGAGCCAUCAAGGAGGAGUUCCACAGGAUUGCAGGAUUUCUCAGUGUGAUUAGCUGCAUAGAUGGAACACACAUCCCCAUCACAGCUCCCUCACAUAAUGAAGCUGAUUAUGUGAACAGGAAGUCCAUUCACAGCAUAAAUGUGCAGAUCAUAUGUGAUGCUGCAUACAUCAUUUCUAAUGUGGAGGCCAAGUGGUCUGGAUCUGUUCAUGACUGGAGGAUUUAUCAUGAGUCUAACCUGAGCAACAGACUGCAACGUGGAGAGUUUGAUGGCCUUCUGCUGGGUGACAGGGGUUACCAUGCCAACCCAGGCUGAUGACCUCAUACCCUGACCCUAAACCAGGCCCCCAACAGAACUUCAACCAGGCUCACUGCAGGAUGAGAGCCUGGGUGGAGAUGACCAUAGACCUGCUGAAAGCCUGUUUCCAGUGUCUACAUCACCUCAGGGUGACUCCUGAGAGGCCUGUGAUAUUAUUGUGGCAUGUGUUGUUCUUCAUAAUAUUACCACUAUUAGAGGAGAGCAACACUCUGCCCUACAAACUGAAGACCCAGAUGAUGACCUCAUCCACCUGCCAGCUGUCCAGGACAGCAGAGCAGUCAGAGACACCAUAUGCAAUAAUCACUGCAGAGUUUAAGUCUCAUUAAGAUUUCCAAUUCAAGUGGUGUAGUCCUCCGCUUCCCCGUUGCCAUGGUGACUCGUAGAAUCGGCGCUGCAUUGAUACUGGCUUUUCAGAGUUGUGGUGCACGCACUUAACUCCGGGUGAAACUACUCUGAGUUGAUUUAACCAACUCAAAUCAGCCGUUGUGAAACUGAAAACUCAGAGUUUUCUAUCUCAGAGUAGAUCAACUCAGAGUUCAGGGUUACACUCAGAGUUUGUUGAACCUGCUUCGUGAAACGGACCCCUGGAGUGUUUUUCACGGCCUCCUUUACAUUAUUUCAUCAUAUGACACGUUUUCACAACAUGUUGAAAAAUCGCAUUUUUUUUCGACAUAGUAUAGUAAGGCGUUUUUUUUGCGCCAAAAUUCAUGAUGAUUUUUUUUU